AUGGCACGCCUCUACCGUUGGCUAGGGUUCGUGAUUGGAUGUGUUCUGCGGCUCCUGGUGUUGGCCUCCGCCGAGGCUAAAGUGAUAGAGCAAGUGGCAGUUCGCGGUGCUGAUACGCAGCCUACGUUGCAGCGCCAUCUGCUGGAGCGAGCCCGCGGAUGCUUCGACAGUGGGCAGCUGGUGGCGUGUGUCCGUGGUGAAGUGAUCCGGAUCGUGGAGCGAGCCAUCGAUUCGAACGUGACGUUACGCGUGACCCCAUUUCUUACGAUCCGCAAGAAUCCCGAGUGGCCCGGAAGGGUUGCCGGUCGUGAGACGGCUGUCAGUGACCAAUCCGGCUCCGGUUGGCUCGGGAUUUUCACUAAACUUCGCGAGUUCCUGGUAUCGCGAGUGUUCCAGUUCAGUCUGGUAGACGCCGACGGACGCUGGUUGUUGGCGGAGGUCGACGAAGGUCGCGGUAAAAAGCACAAGAACAAGCAGGGAGGCAUGUUCUCCAUGGCGCUGAUGGCGCUGAUGGCCAUGAUCGCGCAGGUGAUCCUCGGCAAGGUGGCCGUGCUGGCGGCGGUGGCGCUCAUCAUGGCGAAGAUAGCGCUCGUCUUUUCCACACUGAAUGGCCUGAAGAAGUCGAACGGUGCUGGAGCGGGACAUGGCUCCGAACACGUCGUCUACGAGCAUCCGAGCCACGGCGGAGGUGGAGGUGGAGGCUGGCAGCGUAGCAUCCAUCCGCGAACCCCUUACGAACGCUACCCAUCGUAUGACGACCAGAACGACUUACCGUAUCGGAAGCGACGGCCUAACUAUGACUACCAAGACGACCUGGAAGGCGCCUGA